AGGCUUAUCCUAAAACCCUUCUCUUCCCCUCCAAAACUCAAAACACCGGCGUCCAAUUCAGAAACUGCGGGAACGCGAAAAUGAGGUCUCCUACUCUUGCUUCCAAGUUCAGCAAUGGCUUGUUUCUAGUGAGCUGCAGGAGCUACGGUCGACCUGUUGCCUUAUUGCCGAACCUAGCAUCGUCACCAGCUCGCCUCGUCUCCACUUCUUUUCGCUCAAGAACUGUAAAGGCCGCAGCUUUCGAAUGUGAUUUCUCUAAAUCAGACGUUGCCCAUGCUUCUUCGCCUAAUUCGGUUAAUGGGUUGCAGGAGUAUGAUCGGUUACUACCUUGCCCCUCACAUAGUAGUCCUCCAAGAAUCGAACACUUGGUUGUACCCGAAGAAGGAGAAGGACCCGUUUUAGAUUAUAUCCGUAGAGCUCUGGAUCUUCCUCCAUUGUUUAUUGCAGAUCUAAUCCACUUUGGAGCUGUACAUUAUGCAAUAGUUUGCCCACAACCUCCACCGACUGCUACUCCAGAGCAGGUCAGAGUAUUUAAGGAAGUUACAAAGCCAUCGGUUUUGAGAAAGAGAGCAUCUAUCAAAGGGAAGACUGUAAGAGAAGCACAGAAGACAUUCCGAAUAAGUGACCCUGGGCAGUUUGUUGAAGCAGGAACGUACUUGCGAAUUCAUGUUCACCCUAAGCGUUUUCCAAGGUGCUAUGAGAUUGAUUGGAAAUCAAGAAUUAUUGCUGUAGCCGAAUCCUAUGUAGUUUUGGACAAACCUGCUGGUACAUCUGUUGGAGGAACCACGGAUAACAUCGAAGAGACUUGUGCAACUUUUGCAACUCGUGCUUUAGGACUAGUAGAACCGCUUAAAACUACUCAUCAAAUUGAUAAUUGCUCAGAGGGAUGUGUUGUGUUAGCCAGGACAAAGGAGUACUGCUCGGUUUUUCAUGGUAAAAUCCGAGACAAAAAAGUGAAGAAGCUGUAUCUUGCUCUUGCUGCUGCACCCACGCCCCUUGGAAUAAUUACACACUACAUGCGCCCAGUCAACAUGGCUCCAAGGCUUGUCUCUGAAGAGUUUACAAAAGGAUGGUAUCUCUGCCAACUUGAGGUCAUGGAAUGCAAGGAAGUUGCCUGGCCAGACUCUAUUGUUGAAGCUGAGUACUGUGUUGAAGACUGCGGGUGGACCAAGAAGAAUGUUGCCUAUGAAUGCAAAAUUAACCUCCUGACUGAAUUUAAACCUAACAUUGGAAGGCUUAUGAUGCAGAUCCGUGCCCAGUUGGCUGCCUGUGGUGCACCAAUUGUGGGUGAUUCUGCGUACAUGCCAGCUGCAAUUGCAGAGAUGGUUAAUCCUGGUAUCAACCCAUUUGGCAAAUUUAAGAAAGGAUAUGCUAGUGAGGACGACAAGGCAGCUGCUGUAGCGGAGUGGGUUGCCCAGCAUGGGAAGGAGCCAACUUUAGCGAUUGGUCUUCAAGCGUGCCAAAUUUCGUGGGACGAUGAGGAGCAUGUUUAUGAGGCUAGAGAUCCAUGGUGGCGACGAACAUAGCUUCUUCCUGCUGCUACUUAGUAAGAAUCAGUCGUAAUGCUUAUAUUCCUUGGUUCAGGACAAUUACGCACGUAAUGACUUAUUUCUUUUUUUUCUUCUGUGGCCCUUCUGCAUUAUAAAAGAAAAAACAGUUCGUUUCACAGAAGCCUAUUGUCUUGUGUACUUAUAUAUUAGUUUUCAAAUCCCCUUUUUUCUUGCAACAUUGAUUUCGGCUGCGACAAUCAUAACUGACUGUUUUGACUUGUUGUACUAGCUUUCGUAUUACUACUGCUACUGCUACUACUACUAGCACUACUAAUUAUUAUUAUUAUUGUUGUUGUUGUUGUUGUU